UCAAACCACAACAUAUUGUAAAAAAAUAUGAAAAAUACGCGUAUAUCCUAUUUUCAUACCUUGCUUAACAGCUCCACUAUUUAUUUAAAAAAUGGCUUUUUUCUCUUUUGUACGUGGGUAGGUGGGUAUAUUUUUCCUUUCUUUUAUUCUUUUCUUUCGUAUGUAAAUGGUGGGUACAUUUUCUUUUCUUUAUUCUUGCUUUUAUUCUUGCUUUUCGUAUGUGGGUGUCUUACUAUGUUGAAUAUAU